UAAACAGCACUUAUUCAACAUGGCUGCGUGCAGUGUGGAAGCGCUGCUAGCCAAAGCUGCGCAAGAAGAGGCCGAGAAACUCAAAAGUAUAUCCGUCCACAAGGAGCUGGACCUGGAGUUUGACAUCGGAAACCUGCUGGCGUGCGACAAGAACCGCAUCGAGUCUCGUGAUUUCAGAGAGCAGAAGAAAGACGAUUUCCUGCUGGCGUUGGCUCGUGACAACACGCAGCUGCUCGUCAACGAAGUGUGGAAACAGCCCACGGAGAGAGUCCAGGAGGCGAUAGUGGUCAAACUACCGGACACUGUGACCCCUUUGCCCAGAGAAAAACGCCCUCCGAAGCCCAAACCUCCCACGAAAUGGGAAGAGUUCGCCAAACUGAAGGGCAUACAGAAGAAGAAGAAGACCAACCUGGUGUGGGACGAAACCGCGAAGGAGUGGAGGAGGCGCUGGGGCUACAAGAGGGCCAAAGACGACACCAAGGACUGGCUGAUUGAGGUACCUGAAACCGCGGAUCCCAAUGAGGACCAGUUUGCGAAACGUGCCACGGCGAAGAAGGAGAGGGUGGCGAAGAACGAAUUCAACCGGCUGAAAAACAUCGCCAGAGCUCAGAAGAUCAAACUCCCAGGUGUGGGUCUGACCCCCGUUGCCCAGCAGUCCAAAGACGACCUGGCGCGGGCCGUGAGCGUGGCCAAGACCUCCACGGCGUCCGCGGGGAGGUUUCAGGACCGCCUGCCCAAAGAGAAAGCGCCGAAAAACCAAGGCAAGAAGAGGAAGUUCGACCCCCUCAUUGGGGAUUUUUCAAACGAGAAGAACAAGCAGCUGGAGCUCCUGAAACUAAUGGGCAGCAAGAAGCCGAAGCUGGACAUCACCAAGGCUGUGAAUAAGCAGAUGAGAGAGGAGGACAGAGAGGAGGCCGCGGCGAAGUACAAGAAGGGAGCAGGGAAGAAAGGACGCAAAGGAAACAUGGCAGGCAAAGGCAAAGGAAAGGGUGGAAAAGGCAAAGGAGGUAAACCCGGAGGGAUGAAGAGAGGGAAACCCGGGAAGCGCUGAGAGACUGUGAAUGUGCAGGAUGUGUUUGGACUGGACUCAAAAGAUGUGACUGCGGGGUGUCAUGUGGGACACACUGCAGGAUUUCUGUCAGUUUUUUUUUUUUCAGUGUGUUUAUAAAUAAUCAACAAACCUGUAAGACACCUUUUUCCAGUCUUCUUGGAAACAGACUGAUUGAUAUUUUUAAUAUUAAUGGAAAAUACCAAAAAAAAAAUCAAUAAAAACAAACAUGUAUGUUG